AUGCCCAUUCCCAAGGAGUUCUUGGAUAUUGCUUGGGACGGAUCGUCGGCACGCAAAGUCUUGCGAUUGGUGAUUGACAGAAUCAAGAUUCUCGCCAACAGCGAGGAGCCUGAAAAAAAUUUGGAAGCGCAUGAAAAGUUCCAGCAUUUCGUGGACCAUUGGCGCUGGCGAACACGGUCAUCGGGAGAUCAGCUUUCGAAGAACGUCGGAGAACCUGCUGUUCUCACUGCGACAUCUGCCCGAAGUAGGGUUUCCGGAGUAAUCAAUUCGGAUUUCGCCGGAUUGGACUCGGAGGACUCAAAUGGAGAUCCCCCCGACAAGACCUACGAACUGCUCACCAAGACCUUGGCAGCCGUUGAGGAGAGUAAUAAGACGACCAAGACCUCCGUGGAAUCGCUUUCAGAGGUAGUGGUAGCGGGCAUCCAUGGACAAGCAUCGGACAAGGCGCCCCCAAAUGUUGGUGAAAUGGGAUCUUAA